UACACGUCAUUCAAAGAUCCAUUGUUCAUAGUCUUCUUGUCUUGUAUUUUUAUUAUUAUUUCUGGUAUAGUUUGUGGUCCUGGAUAUUGCUUCUAAAAUGUAUGGACAAUUUCCUCCAACUAAUCAAAUGAAUUCCCUCUCUCUCAAUCAAGGACCUCCUCCUCCAGGGUCAAAUUAUGGCAUGCCACAGCCAGUGGGAAAUAUGAAAGCACCUCCAAUGAUGAUGCCUGGACCCCCUGCCAGUUCAAAUUCAAUGAUGCCCGGUCCCCCUACCAUGAUGCCGCCAGGACCGAAUCCAAUGAUGCCAGGACCCCCUGCUGGAAAUUCCAUGAUGUCAGGUCAACCUCCGAAUUCAGGGCAAUUUACUUCAAACUCAAUGAUGCCAGGACCUCCUAUUUCAAACUCAGGACCCCCUGUUUCGAAUCCGAUGAUGCCAGGACCCCCUCCAAAUAAUAUGGUGUCAAGACCUCCUCCUAAUUUAGGGCCACCUACUUCAAAUCCAAUGAUGCCAGGACCCCCUACUUCAAAUUUAAUGAUGCCAGGUCCUCCAACUUUAAAUCCAAUGAUGCCAUCAGGACCACCUACCUCAAAUUCGAUGAUGUCAGGUCCACCAACUUCAAAUUUUAUGAUGCCACCAGGACCCCCUACCUCAAAUCCAAUGAUGUCAGGGCCCCCUACCUCAAAUCCAAUGAUGCCUGGACCCCCUACCUCAAAUUCGAUGAUGCCUGGACCCCCUACCUCAAAUUCGAUGAUGCCUGGACCCCCUACCUCAAAUUCGAUGAUGCCAGGACCUCCUACCUCAAAUUCAAUGAUGCCAGGACCUCCCACAGGCUCAAUGGCUGGACCACCUGGUCCAGGAAUGAUGCCACCAAUGAACAGAGCAGGUCCUCCUGGAAUGAUGACCGGACCCCCUGGAAUGAUGACUGGACCCCCUGGACCGCCAAUGACUGGAGCUGGAAUGUCUGGUUCUCCUGGAAUGAUGUCAAGACCCCCUGGGCCAAGACCCCCUGGUCCAAGACCUCCUGUAGGUUCUGGACCCCCUCCAAUGUCACCUGGUCUGGUACAGUCACAGCCAACAAGCAGAUCAGGACCGCAGAAGAUUGAUCCUGACAUGAUGCCUAAUCCUAUUGCUGUGAUGAAAGACAAUCGUGACAGAUUCUCUGGUCAGGUUUAUGGUGCUGCGCCUCAAGCUGGCCCUCCUCCUUUAGUGACCACUCCCUUUGUAAUACAGGACCAAGGUAGUUGUAGUCCCAGAUACAUUCGGUCUACCUUAUAUACUGUUCCUUGUACUAAGGAUAUUCUUAAUCAGUGCUGUAUUCCACUUGGUCUUGUCAUACAGCCGUUUGCUAGUGUCCCAUUGAGUGAGAAUUCCCUCUAUCUUGUUGAUCACGGUCCUUCUGGCCCGCUGCGUUGCAAUCGUUGUAAAGCAUACAUGAACCCAAACUGUCGUUUCAUUGAUGGUGGGCGUCACUACGAGUGCCCAAUAUGUCUGUGCAGCAACGAAGUUCCACCCGAAUAUUUCUCUCAUUUGGAUCACACUGGUAGAAGAGCAGAUGUCGCUCAGCGUCCUGAGCUCCUCUAUGGAACUGUUGAAUACAUUGCUACAAAGGAUUACUGCAAGGAAAGCCUCUUGCCUUCUCCUGUUGCUUAUAUAUUUAUGAUUGACGUGUCACUGGGCAAUCUUCAAAAUGGAGUCGUUCAUUUACUAACCAAAACAAUAACAACUUUACUGGAUAAUCUACCCAGAGAUGGAAAUGAAGUCUCGCCAGUCAAAGUCGGUUUUGUCACGUAUGAUCGAGUCCUUCAUUUUUACAAUGUCAAGGAAACUCUGGCCCAGCCACAGAUGAUGGUUGUUUCUGAUACUUCUGACGUGUUUGUUCCUCUUCUUGAUGGAUUCCUUGUUGAUGCGAGUGAGGCUAGAUCAGUCAUUGAAAAUUUGUGUGGUCAGUUGCCUGAGAUAUUUGCUAAUCAAAAAGUCAAUGAAGUUGUUCUAGAGCCGACCAUUAGAGCAGGAAUGGAAGCAUUGAAAGCAGCAAAGAAAAAUGGAAGAUUAUUUGUAUUUCAUUCGAACCUACCGAGUCACAAUGCUCCUGGCCAACUGAAAAACAGGUCAGAUCAGAAACUCCUGGGGACUGACAAAGAGAAGACAUUGCUCAAUACGGUUGGUGGUUCAUAUUCUAAAUUAGCUGAAGAGUGUGUCAAAGCUGGUGUCGGCAUUGACUUGUAUCUGUUCCCUUCAACUGGUUACACUGACACAGCAACACUAGGGAAACUGGCUUCAACUACUGGAGGAGAACUACACUUCUAUCCUAACUUUCAAUCAAGUGUUGAUGGUGAAAGGCUCUUGAAUGAUGUGUCUCGUUCCAUGAGUCGUCCAACUGCUUUUGAUGCUGUCAUGAGAGUCAGAUGCAGUGCUGGUAUUAGGGCUGUGACGUUUUACGGAGGGUUUUUCAUGGCAAACACAACCGAUAUUGAGUUUGGUAACAUCGACGACGAAAAAGCAAUCGCAGUUGAGAUCAAACACGAUGACAAGAUGAGAGAAGACUCUGUCGCCUGCGUUCAAGCUGCAUUGCUUUACACAACAGCAACAGGUCAGAGGAGACUGAGGGUCCACAAUAUGGCAAUGAGUUGCUCCAAUAAAAUGUCGGAUAUAUAUCACAGCUGUGAUAUUGAUACACUGACAUGUUUCCUCUCCAAGAGUGUAAUCAAUGCUUCGUUUUCAAUGCCUUACAAGUCAAUCAGAGAGAACUUUACCAAUCAGUGUGCCGCUAUAUUGGCUUGCUAUCGUAAGAACUGCAGCCAGCAAAGUCCGCCCGGUCAGCUCAUACUACCCGAUAGCCUCAAGCUCUUACCAAUGUAUGCUAACUGCCUGCUUAAAUGUGACGCACUCCUCUCACCUCCGAUGGUUUCUUUGGAUGAGAAGUGUUUUCAAAUGUUUUAUGUUUUGAACAUGAAUUGGAGCCAGUGCCUCAGUUACCUGUAUCCUAGGGUAUUAUGUUUGUCGUCUCCCAAUAUUUCUGAGUCCUCGUUUCUCAGAUGUACUGCACAGAAACUCUCCCCUGACGGUAUUUAUUUAAUCGAUAAUGGCCUGGUAAUGAUGGUCUGGAUUGGACAGGAUGCGUCGAAUGAAUUAGUUAGUAAACUAUUUGGAGUUGGUUCUGUUGCUCAAGUGGAUAAUAAUAUUCAUUCGCUCCCAGCACUGGAUAAUGACUUAUCAUUCAAAGCCAGAGAUAUUGUCAAGAAGAUCAGUGGACAGCAUCAAAGGAAGUUUUUGGUAACAAAACAACGUGACAAAUCUGAGAUGCUUUUCAGGCGUCUACUGAAAGAGGACAAAGGCAGUGGCCCGUGGGAAGGAACCUCUUACGUUGAUUACUUGUGUCAGCUGCACAAGGAGAUUAGGGAUAUGCUCUGAUUGCUGGCCUUCGGGUUUAAUUUUUCAAAAACCGAUUCUAGCUUUUUUUUUUCAAGUUUUAGUUCUGUUGUUGUAUACCCUCUUCAUAAUCUCUAAUAUUAAUAAUAAUAAUAAUGUUAUUAAUAAUGAUAUAAUUUAUGUUGAUGAAUAUUUCAGUCUACGUCUCAUUUGACACAU